AUGAGUAUUGCAGAACAACUAAAAAAAGUGCGUGAGCAAUGCACCACAGAAAAAAGAAAGGUUGUUCUUUUUAACGAGUGGAGAGAAGACCCUGAUGUUCUUUUUUACACGCGUGUGGAAGAGGCCGUUGAGCUAUUUUCUAUAUACCACGAGAAGUUCUACGAGAAGACGCAGAAGUACUUUGAAUAUUUCGCAGAUAGCAGAAGCAAAGACUCAAGAAGAGACAGGCUGACUGAAAAAGAGAACAGCAGUCUCUCGAAAAGAAUGAAAAUGUUUUUGGAAGAGCUGGCACCGUACUCCCACCACGAGCACACACAGAUUAUACUGGAAUGGCUGAUACGAAGAUACCGCAUCGAUAAGUACGAGUUUGACCAUCUGGUGGUGUGCACUUUGAGAGUUCCUGCACUCCAAGAGAUUCUCUAUCUCUCGGUAAAAAGCAGUUUGGAAAAGAAAAACUUAGCGCACGAUCUUCUUGCCUGCAGAAGCAUAGCAGUGCACAUAGGCAGAGUACUGGCAAAGUCCAUAGCACUGAAUAGCAUCCUGCUGAAGCCAUUGAGCAGCAUCAGCGAAGAGAAUGACACCGUUAAUUUUGUAGUGUUUUUGGAGGCAGUAUCAUGCAGUCUCUUCGAAAGCGAGAAAGUACAAGAGGAGAUCAUAGGGCAGUGGAUCGACUCUGUGAUGCAGUGCAGAGACAGGCUUGUAAAAGAAAAAUCAACAGAUUUGAUAGUCAAGCCACUGGAGUCUACUCUUUUCCAGAUAUCCAGGAGUCAUGAUCUGCUAGACGAGAUAAAAGACAGAAUCGAGUCAUUCAGAGAGAAGCCAACUGAGAUACAGCCUGAAGAAGUAGCAGAAGUAUCGCACAGAUUUUCAACACUCUACGCGCACUUCAAAAGAACAGGAGCAGCAGAAGAUAUCAUCAGCGAGUACCCAGAAGAGUUCCUCUACCAGAUCAUCACAGAGAAAGAAGAGAUCUCAAAUUGGCUUGAGCUAGUGGGGGAGAUAAUCUUCAAUAAUUUGAUAAGCGAUGAAAGCUUAGUCGCACUGUUCCAGGACAAGCCCUGGCUUAUAGGCUUUGCCAGCACAGACAGCAGAUGGGGAAAGCUCGUGAAAAAGCAGCCCGCCAUCUCGAUUCUGGCUAGCCUGGAAGAGAAGAAGGAAGGUGAAAUUUUCUCCAAAAAAUUCUUAAAACAGUUUUACCAGCUUCUUCCAAACACGUACUUGGAAAAAUGGAUAUUCAAGAAAAUAGACACAACUGCAAACCUGAAAACAGUGCUGUCGGUUUUUCUUCCAGUGCUAUCCAACGGAACACUGGCAUCAGAGAUUCUGAAAGCUACGGCAUGGGAGAGUGCGUGCUUAUUCCUCCAGGAGACAACUGUGCCCAUAUUUAUCCAGAACAUUGACAAAGCUCUGUUUAUCGAUUCAUUCUUGCAGUAUGUUGAUAUAGCAUCUAAAUACUCUGAUUACACUCCGCUAAAAAUGGAAUUAUCGCCUGAAGAAAAACAGCAUCUGCUGGCGAUAAGCAAGAAAAAAUGGGAAAAAAAGAAAGCCAGUAUGACAGAGCUUCUGUUCAUUAUCCAUCUGUUUAGUGACUUAGGUGCAUCUACUGAGUCUCUGCUUGCAAUGAAAAAAAGCAUUGUGCGGCUCUCUGAGACAGAAAGAAAACGGUGCAUUAAAGCCAUACUGGAAAUUCUAUCAACUAGAGAGGAUAAGAUCCUGGGAAGCGAGCUGAUGUCUCUCCUAGAGACUCUUGACACAUUCGACAUCGAUACAACAGUCUCUCUGCUUGCAUACAAAUCAGCCAUGUCAUUAGAUCUAAUGGAGUUCGGCACUAUUAUCACAAAUUCAAUAACGGUGCCGGGAACAGUAGAGGCAAAAAUGAUGAAUGUUCUGCUGAAAGAUAACUUUGAUCUGGUGGAGAGCGUCUUUGAAAAGUACUUCGGCACUCUUUCAUCUGAGAGCAUUCUUGCAGUCAUUGCAACAUCGCAUGUAGCAGUGCUGUUAUCCGGUCUCGCAAAAGUGUUUAACAGCCUGGAAGACGGAAUUAAAAUUAAAAUAAUCCAGGAGGCAAUAGAGCAGAAUAAGAACGGAAAUCCCCUGCUAUUCGAGGCCCUGUGUGCACACAGCACACCUGGCAUGCUCCUUAAGUCUCUACCAGAAGGAAACCAGUACGCGGUUGCUCUGCUGCUGGACAGCGUGGUUAAUAUGCUCGACUCACAAUCAGAAAUAUCGCCAAGUGCAGAUAGUAAUGAAAACAUGGAAGUUGGAUCAUUGCUGCUAAACGCGCUGGUAAUAGCUAGAAAGAUGGGCAUAUACGAGCCUUCUCUGCUGAACUGGGAGAAGAGCAUUCUUCCAAUGAAGGGCGUGCCAGCUCUUCUUUCAGAUAAGCUCAAGAAAACACCGAGCCUCAUUGUAAAAGGUAUUAUUUCCAGAUACCUUAAAAAGAAUCUGCCAGCAACUGAUCUCCUACUUGCCUUCAUUAAAGCAGGAAUAUCAGACCAGUCUGCGCUCCUUAACGUUCUUAAGUACAACCCAUCUUCAAAAUCAAAAGUUCUACUUUUUAGAUCUCUUCUCAUGAAGAAGACCCUGAAAAACUCUCUUCCAAUUAUACUAGCCAUUCUAAAGGACAAGAAGUCAUCUCUGAUCAGGUACUACAUACAGUCCAGACUGAAGUACAUUGUCAAGAUAGUUCUGAAAGAAAGCACGGAGAAUCCAAAUAUAGUUUCGUCCAUUCUUGGAAAUCUGGUUAAAAGAGAAAAGAACAUUAUGCACCCAUACACAUCCGACAUUUUAGGACUAAUCAAGAAAACAAAGAAGAAGGGCCUGAUAGCGCCCCUGACAAAGAUAGACAUCAGAUACGUCAUGCAAGAAGUGAAAACCAGACAGGACAUAAUUAUACUCAGAGAAUAUGUGAGAUCAAAGUUAGAGAAACUGGAAACUGAGGAGAUAAACAGCCUGGUUGCAUUCUACAUUGAGCACAUAGAAGAACACGCUGCUUCUAAAGGGCUUGUCGAAGUCUUCCCUGCAGUUGAGAACAAGAGCAGCGUGUGGCCCACUAUUCUUAAAAAAUGCAACGGUUUUUCUGUGCUCUUCAUCCACAUUCUCUUGAGAAUAUCCAAGGAUGACCAGAAAGGCGACUGUCUGGCAUCGCUCUCGUGUGUGUACUCUCGAUUGGAAGAGCUGCUAAUCUCAUCUCUGGAGGCAAACGAGAACAUUGCCAUCAUUGAAAUUAUGCGAAGAUUUUUCCUGCACCAAAAAGACACGCUUAUUGACACAGCAAAGAUCACUGCUCUUUCAGUUAAAUCAGUCAGCAACUCUAAACAAAUGCCUCUUCUGAUAGCAUCUCUCUUCUACUCGCAGUCGAUCAAUAAGCCAUCAGACGCAGAAGAAAUAAACCAUGUGGUUCUUGCUGAAAUAGUCAAGGCAGAAGGAGCAAGAAAAGCAGCCCUAUUCACCACCCUGCGGAGAAUGUACAAGAAGGCUCCCGAGUUCAUUGGAAGGAUACUCGGACAAAGCGCUCCAUACUUUGCCAUUCUCUUGGAGUCAAAGGAUGCUGAGACAAGAUCCAAGGCAGAGAGUCUUAUGGCCCUUAUCAAGACAGAAUCAGGCGAAAACCCGUACAGAUUCCUUUGA